CUUAGAAUCUUUAGUCACAAACCAAGUUGACUCACUUGAGGCAAAUUAUCAGACUUCCUGAUGUAGACGCAAAGAUUCCUCCUUUGUUGAAGUAGGCUACACUGAAUGUUCUGUUUCUGCAAAAAAAAUUGAAACCAGCACAAAAUGUCUACAGUCGUCCUUGGGAAAACAGCCUCUUAAACCUAAUAGUAUUGUGUGAAAGGUAUUGUUUUCUCUCAGGAAUGGACAGCAAAUGGAUAUAGUGGAUACAGUCCCCUUACUCUUAACACUGGGGAAUUUGGAAAGUGAAUUUGGGAGGCAGACUGGGUUCGUUUCGGUAACGUAAAGGGAGUGUUGAUAGGAGAUUAAGGUGCUGCACUAUUAUCUACCACCAAUUGAUGUAAUAACGUUGACAGACACACUGUAUGAAAAGCAUCUAAGGAACAUGUGGAGGACAAAGUUUUGAGGACAACAAGCCAAAUUACAACAGUUUUAUCCAAUGUGCUGCCAGUUUUAUUACUGCUACUUCAGUUAGCGCUUUAACUGCUGAGGAUAGGAUGAAACAUUAAUGAUCCCAGAGGAAAACAGGGGACUUAGAUCCAAAAACUUCUCAGUCUGUGAGUGUGGCAAAACAAUUCAAAUGCCCACAGUGACAUUAUUGAAUUUACUAUACUGUGUAUAUAUACUUUUUUGAGAACUGAUUGUCACUCAAGAAUUAUGUUUUCUGUCUAACUGUGUGUCUUCCUCUGGACUCUCUUGAAACGUCCCAUACUGAAUACAUGCGUGGUUUCGUUUAUAUGUUGCAGUGUAGAAUAUUUCCCCAUAUCUACUGUAUCUAUGUUUAUAUGGACAAUGACUAAACUCAUGUGGUUUAUAAAAGCACACGAGACAGAUCAUUCUCCAUAUGAGCUCAUUGCAGAUAAUAGGAACUCAAGACAAAUCGAGCCAACACUCGCAACGAUUUCCUUCCUUAUUUUAUAAAAAAAAGUGUACUUGAAACUUCAGUACAUGGUACUAUCCUCGAAGAGUGUGUGUGUGGGGGGGAGAAAAUCAUUUUUUCCUCUCUUCAGGACAUUGUUAUACAAUAGCCUACACACACGAUGCGUGGUCUUUCUAUUUUUUUUCUCUCCAUCCUGACCCAAGUGUCCUCGGAAUCCUUGCAUGCUGUUAUUGGCCUCAUUGGGCACAAUGUCACCUUGCCCUGUAGGUAUGACACGCAAACUCAUGGCGUGCUAAGUUUCUGUUGGGGACGAGGGAAGGUGCCGACGUCCAAAUGCUCCGACACUGUCCUAUCCUCCCAGGACGGGGCUGUGCAGUUCAGACAGGCUUCCAGGUACCAGCUGCUGGGCAGGGAGACGGAUGGAGAUAUAGCCCUGACCAUCCUGAACGCCCAGUGGAGCGACCACGGUGUGUAUGGCUGCAGGGCCGAGAUCCCCGGGUGGUUCAAUGACUAUAAAGUCAACACACACCUGGUCAUGGAGGAAGCUCCUGAGGAACAACCUGUUACGCAGGACUCAACUCCUGCUACUGACGUUGGUGAAACAACACUGGAGAACAUUGGAAAUGUAACAGCUGAGGGUUCAUUUUCAUUGCAGGGGAAAUUUAAAGCCUCCCUGGAAGUGGGGAACAUUGCCAGGAUGGGAGCUAUUUUCUGCUGCACCAUAAUCAUAAUCCUCGUCUACAUUUUCCGGAGAAGGUUCCAGCCGGGGAGGAAACUUGGUCAUCUCAACACCUCGGCUGUGGACAACAUUUAUGAAAGUGUCCCAGUGCCUGAGUGAGGGUCAGCACAACAUGAACAAAGGACUCCCUGCAGGGAGUAGACAGAAGAAGUGUCUGCUUGCAAUGUGCUUACACUUCCAUCUCCUCAGUUUCACAGAGAAACCUUUUGAACUAGUGUCUGUUCAUAAGAAAGAGAAGUGAAGCUGCUUACAGACUCUCACUAUUCUCAGAAUGCAGUGAUGCAAUGUUAAAUAUGCAUCACAAGAUUACAAAAUAAAUAUCCUGCAGUUUAAUUAAUUAGCUUUUCUUUUCUGGCUUUCUGUGCUUUAUCUCAAAGCCCAUAAAAGCUUGUGGAUGGGUUUAUACUUGUGGAGACAAUGCCACCUGGUGGACUUAUACUUAUUACUAUGAAAAUAUUAGUACUGCAUGGGGGACUCUAAAGUGAAAACUCAUGGAAGUGAAAAACAGUUUGGUGCGGGUAAGAAUGUAAUAGAGAAGGAGGAUGGGAGGAAUGCCUUUAAUAAACACUCACUGUUUUAACUGUUUACUGAAAAUCUAUGCUCAAUAAAGAGUAUGUUAAAAAAUAUAUAAAUUAGGUCCACAUAAAUUUUCACCACAUUUUGUCAGGUUUUCUGAUGACGUGGCUAAAUUUAAAAACAUCUAAAACCAGUCAGAAAUGUUGCUGUUGAAUUAUCAUCUCUACGUAAUAUGAUCUCAUAAGUUUAAAUUAAACAAAAUAUAUAUAUUUAAUAUAACUGUCGCUACCUGCAAUACAAAUCACUUUGAUUUGGACUUGGUCCCCAGCCACAUUUAACAGGUGUGAAGGUCUAUGAAUGUCGAUGAAUCGUAAAAACAUUUCAGCAAAUAUUUGAGCUGGAAAAUAUUUUUGUUUUUGCAUAUUUGUAAUUUGAAAUUUGCAGUGGUACCAAGUUUUUUGGGAGAGAUCCAAGAGAAACUUCUGCCGCGAUUUACUCAAAAUCCAGCAGGCCCACAUGUUUACUCGAGGACAGUCUAGGACAAAAUACAGAGGUCCAUGGCCCUUGACUAUUUUAUCCGUGCCUGGAUAUUAUGAAUAGAUUUUUUGGUAAACCUGUAAUUGUCCUGAUUAUUUAAACAGGAAUAGAGAACCAGAAGAAAGUCAUUGCAGUUGAGACAUUUCCUGCCUCGUGUUUUUUUUUUGAUUACAUGAAUAAUAAUUGAUAGAUAUGAUCAUGUAACUGAUUUCUAGAUGUCUUGUGUAAUAACGGAUUGUUUAGUAAGAAAAGGCAGUGUGGAUUCGUGGCCUCUUUCUGUCGUGUCCUGUUGCACUGCUCCUGGGAUACCGGAGCACUGAAGUCUCAGGUACUGAACAGACACAGGUGACUUUAGUUGAUUUGCGUCCGGCCAUGAUCUACACCCUGAACAUGUUUACUUUUAACAGUAGGCAGGAGUAAAGGCAGAUACCUGUCGUAACCAUAGUUCAGUUUUCUUAAGAAAUUUAAAAAUGCUAUAUCUGAAGCUGUCAGUUAAUUAUGAUCGACCCAGUCAUAAUGAUGAGGUUCAAGUUUGUAUAGCUGGAAAAUUCUAUGCGGAGUGGAGAACAUUGGCAGGAUCGGAGUUAUUAUCUACCCCACCAUAAUCCUAAUCCCCGUGUUUAUUUUCUGUAAACGUGUAAUGGAUUAUAGUUUGUCACUCGCGUCAGUAAAACGGAUGAGUUACUGUUGUCAUACACAUUAUGUCCAAACUUGUAGGUUUAGGUCGAUGAAAAUCACACUUUCAACAUAUUUUUGUGAUCAAAAUUGCUUUAUGUAGUUGUUGUUGUUUUAUUUUAGUUCCGAGCUUCCCAAACAAUAAACAAAAGAAAAAAUGUGUUCCACUAAUGAAAUCAUUUCCCUUUUCCAACCAUUCGAAACCUCUCCGUAAAAGCUUUUUUACCAAAUUUCACUCCAUGUUCUCACAUUUCAUUCAAAGAAAGUUGCUUGCUCUUUCUGUUUCUUUUCCAGUUCCUGUUUACAUGUGAAUCUUUAUAAUAGAAAGAGAAAUAAAACUGAUUUAGCUCUU